CUUUUAAAAAAAAAAAACAUAUCCAAACGAGCCGCCCAAUCUUCUCCUACAACCCGAUAGUGUGAAGUGCAGCAGCCAGCCACUGCCACUCCUCCAAUCCCCCUCCUCAGACUCCUCCGCACUAUCAGCCAGCCAUUGUUGCCGCAUGUAACUUCACUUCAUAUUUCAGCCUUUUGAUCAUAUAACAAAGGAGAUGAUGGCAAAAUUUUGACCGAAUCUUUCAACUAAGAUAGAUGGCUGGGUGCCAAAGAGUCAUUGUUUAGAGAGAUGCAUUCGAGUUUGAAGGUUUUGAGAGGAAUUUAAGAAUGGCUGCAGCCACCACUUCAAGGGCCUUUCUCUACUCCCAUUACUACCGUAGUCUCCCAUUCUUCUUUCCUCCUUUCAGUACUGCGUCUGGGUUACCCACCCUUCGUCAUAAUAACUUGAGGAAUCCAAACGUUCUCUCUACUGUCAAGUGUUUUCGGUCCUCGUCUGGGCGUCCAAAUGUGGUUGAAAUUCUUGAAGAGAGAGGGUUGCUUGAAUCCCUUACCAGCGAGCAUCUAAGGCAAGUGUGCACCGACCCCAAUUUACCUCCUCUCAAAGUCUAUUGUGGCUUCGACCCAACUGCCGAAUCCUUGCACUUGGGUAACCUUAUUGGAAUUGUCGUCCUCUCAUGGUUCCAGAGAUGUGGCCAUCACCCCGUAGCUUUGAUUGGUGGUGCCACCGCUCGUGUUGGAGACCCUUCUGGCAAGAGCUUGGAGAGACCUGAGCUCGACCUUGACACUCUGUCCCGAAACACCUCAGGAGUUACCAAUACAAUUAUGAGAAUUCUGGGUGGGGUUUCCGUCUUGAACAAUUAUGAUUGGUGGAAAGAGGUUCGGUUGUUAGAGUUUCUCAAAGAUGUGGGUCGAUAUGCAAGAGUGGGGAGCAUGAUCGCAAAGGAGAGUGUGAAGAAGAGGUUGGAGUCAGAACAAGGAAUGAGCUAUACUGAAUUCACAUACCAGUUAUUGCAGGGCUAUGAUUUCCUACACCUCUUCCGCAAUGAAGGUAUUAAUGUUCAGAUUGGAGGUAGCGAUCAAUGGGGGAAUAUAACUGCAGGGACUGAACUCAUACGCAAGAUUCUCCGUGUGGAUGCUGCUGCUUAUGGCUUGACGUUUCCUCUUCUACUGAAGAGUGAUGGAACCAAAUUCGGCAAGUCCGAAGAUGGUGCCAUAUGGCUUUCGCCAUCCAUGUUGUCUCCCUAUAAGUUGUACCAGUAUUUGUUCUCUGUUCCUGAUGUUGAUGUGGUCAGGUUUCUCAAGAUUCUCACUUUCUUGGACAUGGAUGACAUCAAACAGUUGGAGAGUGAGAUGAAGAGACCUGGAUACUUGCCCAACACAGCUCAGCGCAGGCUUGCUGAGGAGGUCACCCGUUUUGUGCAUGGUCAAGAUGGUCUAGAUGAGGCCCUCAAGGCAACUGAAGCAAUGAGGCCUGGUGCUGAUUCUAAAUUGGACUGGAACACCAUUAAAGCCAUUUCUGAGGAUGUCCCCUCCUGCUCUUUCCCUUAUCAUCAGGUCCUCGAUCUCUCUCUUGUUGAUCUCUCAGUUUCAUCUGGUUUGCUUGACAGCAAAUCUGCUGCCCGGCGUCUGUUGAAGCAAGGGGGGCUUUACUUGAACAACUCCAGAGUUGAUAGUGAAAAUAAGAGAAUUGAACCUCAAGACAUUGUGGACGGAAAACUUCUCCUUUUAUCUGCAGGCAAGAAGAAUAAGGUUCUGGUACAGAUAAGCGACACGUGAGGGAUGCCUGCCUGAUGCGGAUACUCGGUGUGAUCUGUGUACUCAUCGCACAAAUCUUCCUGCCUUAAAGAUGACAUUAUUCACGGUGGUUCUUGAAGGCUAAUGCCCUUGAGCUUUGAGGCUUAAACGCAAAUGUUUUCCCUCCGCUAUUUAGAUGAUUUUGUUUGUGUCUCGUAAUUAAUUUGGUCCUUGGUUAGUAUCAUAUUGAUUGAUCUAUUCUUUUACGUAAAUUCGAGACGUCGAUCUAAUUUGACGAGUGCCUCGUAGACUUA